GGGUCCGCCAUCAUCGUACUAGUACUAGUUGUAGCAGUAGGAGAAACAGCAGUAGCAGCAGUAGCAGCAGCAGCAGUAGCAGCGGUGGCAGUAGUCAUACGACGAGUGAGGGUAGGAAUGAUCCCACCUCGUUAAAAAAGAAGAAACCCGUAGCAGAAUACGACAAUACCCUAGUCAUUGAUCAUGACAGAAACGAGAAUGAAUGGAUGAUUGUUUGGCAAGGCUAUGCUUUUCAGUGGAAGGAACAACAGCAUGAUAAUACGAUAACCCCAGCUUAUAUGAAAUUGCAUUAUGAAAAAGACGUUUGGGAGCUGUAUAAAGGUCUCAUCCAUCCACUACACAUUUUCCAUGAUGAAUUGUGGACAAAUCACCCUCACGGUAAACAGGAUGAGCAAGUAGAAGUAGCAUCGGAUAUCUGGAGCCAACUUACUGUAAAAGAACUAAGGCAAUAUUUUAAUAAUUAUGGAUCUCUCUUGCUCAAAUUACAUGAAUCGAGGCUUCAGCAGCAACUGGAAAACGUAUAAUAUCUUGAAGAAGAGAAGGGCGGAAUGGUGUUUCGUGUCUUAAAAAUGCAGAAUCUUCAACAUAGAAUUUGUUAUCCUAUUCAAACUAAUACUCAAAAACACAUGCUAAACUAAUACAUGAUACAAACAUGAUGUCAAUGAAUUCAGGGUUUCUAUUUUGUAUCUUUUUUUUUUUUUUUU